AUGAUUCGGAAGGUCGCCCCUUGGCCGCCAACCCCCAAAUCAACCGCCAUCGUCUGUCCUGCUCAUACACAUUGUGAUCGUUCAAAUUGGCGCUGGUCAGCAUUCAACAGUUGUUUAAGGGCCUCCUUCGCUCCGACAAACUUGGGGCGCUCUGACGAACUUCAGGCUGCCGGGAUGCUACUGGUGCUUAUAGCUUCUCAGCAUGCUCGCACACUAGCACUGCAUCAUCAGCAGGACUCUAACUCCUGCGAGGACUCCACUCAUUCGCUUCCCCUUCGCGAGUACUCCCCUUCUUUGCUUUCCCCCUCCACCAAUCUCAACACCAGAGCUGACUCGUCCUCUGUCUGUACCAUCCCCAGUGAAGACCCGGCCGUUUGUGUCCAUCAGGACCUCCAAACCCGAGUUGCUCAACAUGUCUCCAUCCCCCCAGCACAAAGAAAGCACCCGCCAAUUGCUGCAAUGGCCCGCCAGCGAACCAUGUAG